AUGAAAAAGAGAUUCCUUGAAAAAUACUUUCCAGGUUCAAAAUCAUCCACUCUAAAGAAAGAAAUCAGCAACAUUGAACAAAAUAGUGAUGAAUCAUUUUAUGAGUAUUGGGAAAGAUUUAAAAGGUUGUGUGCGAGCUGUCCCUAUCAUGGGUACCACGAUGAAGAUCUCAUUAUGUAUUUUUAUAAUGGGCUUGUCAAUGAUGAUGUAAGAAUGAUAAAGGCAGCUAGUGGAGGUUCCAUUCUCAAUAACACACCGGAAGCUGCAAGGGCAUUGAUAGAAGAACUGGUUAAAGGUUCUACGCAAUUUAACAAGAUAUCCCACGAUAAAAGAGCAAUUAGAGAAAAUGUUAGCACCGAGUCUAAGGUUGGCAAACUAGAAGAUCAAAUGCAAGCAUUAACAUCAAUGAUGAGAGAUUUCAUGGUUAAGGAAAAAGCACAACAAGUGACGUCAUGCGGCAUUUACUCUUUUAAUCAUCCUACAGAUUCUUGCCCUCAGUUACAAGAAGAAGGGUGGAGAGACCAUCCAAAUCUCAAGUAUGGGAAUCCAUCAGGAAAUCAACAACAUCAUCAAGAACUAUCAUUCUUCAAGCCACAACAACAAUCCUAUCCUAGACCCCCACAUCACGAUCAAGGAUCAAGUUCAAAUUCUAAUAUGUCCACCGAAGAAAUGUUGAACACUCUAACAAAGAACAUAAUUCAAUUCCAAGAUGAGACUCGUUCCAGCAUCAAGAACAUUGAAAGACAAAUGGGUCAAAUCUUAGGAGCAGUUAGCAAGUUAGAGGCUAGAGAUUCAGAAAAGUUGCCAUCACAAACAUAA